CAACUACUAAUAAAUUAAGGGGACGUUUUAGAUUAGGUUUCGUUCUCACUGUCUCAUCUCCUUCUGUCUCUCUCUCUCUUGCGGCUAGGGUUUUUCUCUCUCUACUGUAGCUUCUUUUCUGUAUCUAACGCCGGAAACUGUAAUUUAUAGAUCUAUGUAUACGCAUCUGUGUUUAUGGAGGUUUUGAAAAGCUAGGGUUUUGUCUUGGUCGCCCGAAGAGGUGAAGUUGGUAGAGAGUCGAAGGGGAAGUUUUGGAAUUAUUCGGAAAUGGCGACCAUGAACCCGUUCGAUUUGUUGGGAGAUGACGCGGAGGACCCGUCGCAGCUGAUCGCGGCGCUGCCGCAGAAGGUGGCUGCUGCGACGAAGAAGGAGUUGGGGAAGGGGAAGCCGGUUGCGGCGGCGGCUGCUCAGCAGAACAAGCCCGCUAAGCUCCCAUCGAAGCCACUCCCUCCGGCUCAAGCUGUGAGGGAGACAAAGACUGAAGCUGUCCGUGGCGGAGGUCGUGGAGGUGGAGGUGGACGUGGUUAUGGGCGUGGGCGUGGUGGUGGAGGCGGACGCGGAUAUGAUCGGGACUCCGUUUUCAACGAGAAUUCAUACAACAGUGGAGCUCCUGCUGGUCAAGGUGCUCCGGAAGAUGGAGAGGCUGGGAAAUCCUCUGAAAGGCGUGGCUAUGGUGGAACUCGUGGUCCUUACCGCGGUGGUCGCCGUGGUGGUUUCAGUAAUGGAGAAGUCGGUGAUGAGGAGCGGACUCGUAGGCCCUUUGAACGUCGUAGUGGCACUGGGCGUGGAAAUGAAUUUAAACGUGAAGGGUCUGGCCGCGGGAACUGGGGAACUCCAACUGAUGAACUUUCUCAGGUGACCGAGGAAGUUGCUAAUGAGAAUGAGAAGAGUCCAGGUGCCGUAAAGCCUGUGGGGGAGGAAGAUACAACUGAUUUGAACAAGGAAACCCCUAAAAAUGAACCUGAAGAAAAAGAACCCGAGGAUAAGGAGAUGACUCUUGAGGAGUACGAGAAGGUCUUGGAGGAGAAGAGAAAAGCACUCCAGGCGCUUAAGACUGAGGAAAGAAAGGUUGAUGCCAAGGAGUUUGAAUCCAUGCAACAGCUUUCAAACAAGAAGGGCAAUGAUGAUAUUUUCAUCAAAUUGGGAUCUGAGAAGGACAAGCGCAAAGAAGCUGAGAAGGAUGACAAAGUGAAAAAGUCUGUGAGCAUCAAUGAAUUCUUGAAGCCUGCUGAAGGGGGGAGGUACCAAAGCCCAGGUGGCAGGGGCCGUGGACGUGGUCGUGGUUCAAGAGGAUUCAGUGCGAGAGAUGGGACAAGCAAUGUGCAAGCUCCUGCCAUUGAAGAUCCUGGGCAGUUCCCAACGUUGGGUGGAAAGUGACCCCACUUCCAAUCUCGUUGGUUUUUUUUCUCUUCCCAAUUUUGAUUUUCUUGUGGGGACAGAAGCUACUAAGAAUAAUGUUGUCUGUAUACUAUAGCUGUUCCUUUAGUUCAUUCGUGUGCUAAUGUGCUAUGAUACAACAGAUUAAAUGGAGGAUCAUGUGACAACGUAUUUGUGACCUAUAUAGUUCUUUACUCGGUUUUGAUAAUUGAUCAUUGUCAUCAAA